GCAAAUGUGCAAAUUAAUGGAUUCCAAAUCACCAAAGCUUGAAGAGGAAUUAGGAGAAGACAGGAUCAGCCAAAUGCCAGAUGAUGUUCUUGUUCGCAUACUCUCGUUGCUUGAUGAUACAGUUUUAGCUGUGCAGACCACCAUUCUUUCAAAACGAUGGAACAAUUUAUGGACUUCCAUUUCUAGUAUUCGGCUCGAUUAUGAUGACGAGAGUGAUGAUCGUAUCAUGACAAUUGUUGAACGUGUGGUUUCCCUUCAUGACUCGUCAGACAUCUUAAAAUUUCAUAUUACUUAUCAUAAUCAAGGCUCACGAGAUGAUAUGGUAGCUGAUGAUUACACUCGUAUUCAUAGAUGUAUUUGCACUGUUGUUCAGCACAAUGUUGUCGAGCUUCAUCUUAGUCUUUGGAACUCAAGCGAUGCUGAUCAAACAAGCCUAUUUUUGUUUCCUGAAAGUCUUUUCAUGUGCAAAACACUUGUGGAUUUGAAGGUGGACUCUAAUAGUAUCAGUUUUUCAAAUUGCCCUAUAGAAGGGUGUUUUCCAAGCCUUAAGGUUCUUUCUGUUGAUGUUGAAGAAUCUGACGAAGAUUCACCAGGUUCACUGGAAAACCUUUUUACUUGUUGUCCUCUCCUUGAAGACCUCACUAUCUUUGGGGGGGUUAUUUCACAGUCGAAUAUCAAGAUCUCUGCUCCUGAACUGAAGACAUUAAGAAUGGAAUACUCAGAUUCUUAUUCCAACGUCUUAUUCAUUAAUGCGCCAAAGCUGGAAAACUUUGAUCUCUUGGAUAACUUUUCUCUUCCAAAUGAAUUUGUCUUCGAGAAUGGAAAAUCUCUAAUCGAGGUCAAUCUAAGACUCCAUCGUUCUUUUGAUGUUGAUGAUCUUGAUGCUGAUGACCUUGCCAGUCGCGCAGUAGCUCUGUUUGCACAAAUUUCCAAUGUUGAAAAUCUGUCUCUUAGUCUCCAAGGUCUGAAUGCUUCCUACUUGCCUCAGUUUGUCAAUCUGAGUCGAUUGAUGCUGGUUCUGCAUGAUUUCAAUUACUGGGAGUUUCUUAUUGAAUGUCUCAAAAGAUGUCCUAAUCUGAAACAUCUGGUCUUAAAACAUGAGGACAAUGAAUGGCGUAGCAGAGAAGACGAGCUAGGAUGGGAGUUCUUGAACCCACAGGAGCGUCCUGCUUGUUUGGUGUCUCACCUCCAGACUGUCUCCAUAGAAGGAUUCAAGGGACAACGGGAUGAGAUGGAAGUGGCUGAGUUUUUGUUAAAGAAUGGUGAAGUUUUAAAUACAGUGAGUAUUCACACUGUGAGUGUGGGUCUUCUGUAUACGAAGAAGGAGAUAUACAGGAAACUCUUGACAUAUGAAAGGGGUUCAAGGUCUUGUGUCAUCUUGGCGGAUUGAAAUCAUCGUCUUCCUCAUCUUCUGCUGUUUUCGCUGAAUUUUUAUGGUUCUUGUUUCAAGUUAUUAAUUUAUUGUAACCUUUUGACGGUUGGCCAGAACAAUUAUGUGCGCGCAUGCUUUGGAUUAUUGAGAUAGGUCUAUCAUUUGUUUUCAAUUGG